CUGAAAGUUCACAGCAAUGAAGCGAAGCAGUAGAAGGAAAUUCUUGGGAAGCAAGACAUCUGGAUUGACCUGGGCUGUCCACCUGCAUCACUGCACUGAAGCCCGACACCUCUGGUAGCCAGUGAGAGGCUGGUUCUGUGCUGCGCUCUUACAGGAGAAGCCUGGCUGCAUUAACUCUUACUAAAACCAGCACUAGACAACUUCAGCAAAACCCAGUGAUGGAGGUCAAGUCCACAGAAGCCAGCAGCAGCUCCCAGGGAGGCACCGGCUGUCUGGAUCUUACCCUGGUCACUUUCACUGAAACGGUGACUUUCACAGAAGUGGUGGCAGAAGAGGAGUGGGGAUCCUUUUACUAUUCCUUUAAGACAGAGCAGCUGGUGACUCUUUGGAUUCUCUUUAUUGUCACAAUUUCUGGAAAUGCCAUUGUGCUCUUCUCUACCUGGAGGAGGAAGCGGAAAUCUCGAAUGACCUACUUUGUUACUCAGCUGGCAAUCACAGAUUCAUUCACAGGACUCAUCAACAUAAUGACAGACAUCAUUUGGCGCUACACUGGAGAUUUUAUGGCCCCUGAUAUCGUUUGCAGGGUCGUUCGCUACUUCCAGGUGGUGCUUCUCUAUGCCUCAACUUACGUCCUCGUGUCACUAAGCAUAGACCGGUACCAUGCCAUAGUUUACCCCAUGAAGUUCUUGCAAGGAGAAAGGCAGGCAAAAGUGCUCAUUGGAGUGGCCUGGAGCCUCUCCUUCCUGUUUUCCAUACCCACUCUGAUUAUUUUUGGGAAACGGCAGCUCUCCAAUGGGGAAGUGCAGUGCUGGGCUCUCUGGCCUGAUGACUCCUACUGGAUCCCCUACAUGACAAUUGUGGCUUUCCUGGUGUAUUUCAUUCCUCUGAUCAUAAUCAGCGUCAUAUACUCAAUUGUGAUUCGAACCAUCUGGAUGAAGAGCAAAGCUCAGGCUGUCAUCCUAUCCAGCUGUCCUGGUGGCAAAACCUCCCGUGGCUACAGCAGCCGUGGGUUCAUAUCCAGGGCCAAGGUGAAGGCGAUCAAGUACAGCAUUGUAAUUAUCCUUGCAUUUAUUCUGUGUUGGAGCCCUUACUUUCUGUUUGAUAUCCUGGACAACUUCAACAUACUGCCUGAGACCAAAGAGCGCUUCUACGCAUCUGUGAUUAUUCAGAACCUGCCAGCCCUGAACAGCGCCGUCAACCCCCUCAUCUACUGCUUCUUCAGCAACAGCCUCUGCCCCCCUUCUGAGGAAAGAAGAACUCAAAGGCUGGGGGGGACUUUGCGGGAAAGGAGCAAUGGAGGGCAGGAGAUGCAGGUCCUGUCGAAACCAGAAUACAUCUAGCACUGACAGUGUUCUGCAAAGCCACACUGGCACCUGUACAGAGGAAAACAGAGGUCCCCCACAAGCCCUGUGCAUGGUGAAGUGGAUGGACACUGCCGGGCAAGAGCCUGCACCUUGUACUCCUCUGCACCUUGCAGCGCACGUUUUGGGUGGGCACUGCAGCCUCAGCAACUGCACACUGCCAGUGCCAAGCUCACUAUGAGAGGUUUGCAUGCCUCUGUUGUGGGGUUUCAUCUUGACCCUCUGUUUAAAGCAAGCUGUAAUCUAUGUGCUCCAAACAGAAAAAAAAAAUGUAAAUGGUGUCUAGUCAGAGUCUUCUCUAUUUUUCAGGAGUCGCUAAAAGCCAUCUACUGCACCAUCUGGCUCUUAUAACCAAUAGAGUGUUUACAAGCAAUUACAGAGCAAGGACCCUAGCUAAAAUGAAAACACAGGCACUUUUCCAAUGAGAAAACACCAUUGUCACUCUGUGUAAUUAUAUCUGGGUUUCAUAUGGAGCCAUUUACAAAAUUAUAGCCAGAGAAGAGGGGAAUGGAUGGCUGGGAUACUGCCUGCCACAUCACCUGGCCCAGCCUCUCAGAUCACACCAGCAGCACUGUCCCUGUACCUCUUCAUCCCCUUCCAGUGUGUUAUUUCCCUGCUGUCCUACCUUGGAACAUCAGUGGCACCCCAUUGUCCCAGCAGGACUCACACACGACACAUCUGGACAGCCAUUUAUUUCUGGGAUAAUGGUGAAUGGCUCACCAGACCUUCACAGACUCCAUGGUGCACCCCACAUGCAGAUUCUUCCACACUUCUGUGGCAAAGGCCCUGAGCAGCUUCUUCAGGAUCCUAUGGGAGCUGCCAUACAGGGCACUCAGCCAGAGCAGAUCUUCCUCACCACCCACAUGGCAGCAUUUCCCCGUCCCAUAUCGCUGUAAAUCACGCAGGGAACCACACACAUCUUUGCACAAACUCAGAGCUGGAAAAAGACCCAAGCAAAACCACACAACUCCAAUUACAUUUAGAAAAAAUAAUCUGUUGAUGGUCCAGUCUUGUGAACUCAUUAUAGAUUUCACAGAGGACCAAUGCUCAGGCCGAACUUUGCUACUGAGUGCCCAAGCACCUGGGCAUCCCCUUUCCCCAGCCCUCUGGGUAUCUUCCCACCACUCACUAUAGGGAAAAAUUUCUCAUGCAGCCGGGGGAGGUGACAUUAACUUCAAUGUUCAUUUUCCAGCAAGGCAGCUUGAAGUGUUUGUAUUAAAAAUGCACUCUAACCAGCUGUAUGGCAACUGAGUUUGUUUCCUCUCAGUGAAAAAAAUUGUUUUUACUUAAGUGGACUCAGUUUAAAAAGGGGUUUUUAUUAUUAUGAUCUUUUGCGAUGAGUUUGUUCCCUGUAAAGCAAGAACUGAAUAAAAUUUAUUUAUAAUUGCCCAUAUUACAAAAAUACAUUUUCCUAAGUAGGAGACAUAUAAAAUCAUGGGGCUUUAUGUUCUCAGGAAAAUAAAUAAGGUAUCUCUUUUUAUUACCACGAAGUUCUGUUAUUUAGACUCUGUGUCUAAAUUUUGCUACUGCUUAAUUAAAACUAUGAAUCUGCAGCAGCCUUUACUGCAGUGACCUUGGAUAGGCUGUAUAUAAGAACAAGACAAUAUUUUCUUCCCAUGGGCAUGUAAUAACUUUCCUAAAAUUGGACUGCUUUGUUUAAGCUUCAUAGAUUGUAGAUUUUAGCUUUUUCAUCUGGUAAAUGUACACUCACCACCUACUUUUGAACAAUUAAUGGAGUUUUUAGACUCAAUACCUGGAAAUCAGAUAACAUUUCUGAGCAGUACUUUGAUUUGCAAGUUUAGUAUGACUCAAUCCCACUAAAAUUUACAUAAUAGUCACUAGGGUCACCACAUGAAUUAUCCCAUCCAUCUAAAUUGAGCAUUUGCAUGAGUUAUGUCAGACUCUGGACUGAAAUAAAGUCAUUAUCAAUCUAUUUUCAAGGAAACAGCUUUUUGUUUCAUUCAUUAUUCUACUAUGUACCAUUUACAAGUUGUUCUUAAUCAUUUUUCCUCUGGACAUGAUUGUGAUGCCUUUCCUCAUAUGAGAAUCCUUCAGUUUAAAUGGCCUCACACUGCUU